AUGUUGAACGAAACCACCUCACCAUCAUCUUCAUCACCUUCAUCCCCACCAAACUACAUUCUCUCAUCAGAUAACGAACCCUCUGACCCACAAUCCCCCACUCUAGCUCAACUUCAGGCCCGUGCUCUGGCCUCACAACAACCAUCACAACAUGAACCUGAACCUGAAGUCACCUCUCUAGCCUCUGCACAACAAAGUCCACCUCCAUCUGAUCAACCUCAAACACCACCCCCUAAACAACAAACAAAUCCACCUCCUGAACAACCAGUACCUUCACCAGUUGAACAUCAACCGAGUCCACCACCUGAACAAACAACACCACCUCCCUCUGAUAUUCCCCCACUACCAACCUCUGAAGACAUCAUCACUCCUCCAAAUCCCGCUGACACCUACCCAACUCCACUAUCCUCCCCAUCCUCUAACCCUGAACCAGAAACCGCCUUCCCCAUAUUAGAAGAAGCAAUAACUUUAUUUGUAGAGUCUUCAGUGGAGAAGAUCAAGUCUCUGUCUGUCAACUUUGGCAUCAGGGAUGAUCCCUCUUCAGUGAGGAUCCACUUGAAUAGAGUGAUCAGAUGGAUGACCUCUAAAGCUCUCAAAUUGAAAGGCCUCUCUGAACAAGUCCGCAACGACUUUAUCAGAGAUGCUGGAAUAAGGCUACGGGCUCGCUUGGAUAGAGAGGCCGAGGAAAAGGCCAGGAAGGAAGAAGAAGAGGAAGCUUGCUUGGAAGAAGAACAACAAAUUAGAGAAGCUGAAGAGAAGGUUGCUACUGAAGUUGCUGCUACUGCGGCUGCUGCUGAGGCUGAGGCAAAAGCUAAAGUCGAAGCUGAAGAGGCAACACAUAUUGUUGCAGAGGAAGCUACAAAGGCCAGUGUUGAUGCUCUGACUCAGAGGGAGAAAUCUAAGUCUGGUUUUUCCCCUCUGGUCUUGAAAACUCUAGAGGAACUGCAAAAGGAAUAA